AUGAAGAGAUGGGUUAAAAGAGCAUCAAAAUCUGAGGAAAUAGCAUUAAAGUUGGAAGAGGCAAAUAAAUCACUUCAGGAACAGUGUCAAAAUCAAGAUGCAGUGAUUGCCAAUUUAGAUGAGCAGGUGAACCAUUUGCUUUCCAUUGAGCAAACCUUAUCAUCAGAAAAAGAAAAUGCAGAAAAAGAAGUAGAAUGUUGGGCUUCUGAAGCUAUGCGCUAUCAUGUACAAGCAAAUGAUGCCAAGAAUUAUGCUUCAGGAUUAAGAAGCAUGGCCCAACAAAUAGCAGAUGGUGAACCAAUGACUAGAAAUGAAUUCCAUCAGUUUUUUGGGCUAAUCAGAGAUGGGAUUAAUGAGAUAGCAGCAUAUAACGGGGCAAAUCCUUCUUCAUCUGAACAGCAGUUCACUGCCAAUGUUCCACCAGCACAAGUGCCGAUUAUAAACUUGACAACUGAUGACUCACAUAGGAUGAGAUACUCUAAACCUGUUGAUUAUGACAAAUUGACCGCUCUAGAAGAAAGAUUGAGAGCAGUCGAAGGGGCAGACUUAUAUGAUCCUGUUCAUGCUGCAGAGAUGUGUUUAGUCCCAAAUGUAGCUGUACCUAAAGAAUUUAGGAGGAUAGAACAAGCAAUAAGAAUGGGAAGAAUGUUAGAGCCUACUGAGAAGAAAGGCUUUAUCAGGAAAAAGAAGGAGUCUGAGGUGAACAAUAUGGAAGGAGGGUACAAGGGUAAGAAGAAAAAUUACCAUCACCAUAACUUCCAAAGACCUACCCAACAAGUUGCAAGUGUAAGCUUCACUAAACCUUUCCCUCCCAACCAGCAAAACCAACCAAAUGACCAACAAAGUAACCAGAUUGUUAACCCUCCAAGAAGGAAUUUUCAAAGAACCCAAGAACGAUUGCCACCAUUACCACUUCCCUUGGGAGAAAUGUAUUCGAAGUUGUUGAGUAUUGGCUGUAAUGCAUUAAAAAACAAGCUCCUUCAAUUGAUAAAAGCUGGAUGGAUAACUUUUGAUGAUGCAUCGAAUGUGAAUUCCAACUCUUUACCCAAUCAUGCUACAAGCAGUGGAGGGGUGAAUGCUAUCGGAGUAGAGGGUAAGAAGGAAAGAACUUUGAAGGUUUCCAUGGAAAAACUGUACGGUAUGAUGGUACAGUCUGGAUAUUUAUCCGAGUUUGAACCAGUAAUGAAUGGAAAUAAUUACUGUAAGUUUCAUGCCAAGGUGGGACAUCACAUUGAUGAUUGCGAAGAAUUUCACCAAAGAGUGAAAAGGAUGCUGAUUUUCGGCAUGAUACGGAUAGAAAGUGAAGAAGAAAGCAGUGAAGUGGGGAUGAUAGGCGGCCAGGAGAAAAAAAGAGAGGUUUGCAGACUCCAACCAACUGUGGGUGGUCCGCCAAAACUAAUCCUAAUCAAGCCUGUAUGUACCAAUAAUGGAAGUUAUGGCACAAUGCCUUACAAUUAUGGGUAUGCUUUCAACAUUAAAAAUCCAACUCUUAUCUUCCAUACUGAAAUCGGUGGUUUAACUCGAAGUGGUCGGUGUUUUACACCAGAAGAAUUAGAGAGGCAGAGGAAAGCUAAAGGAAAAGAAACAGUUGAGGCUUUUAAAGAUAUGGAAGUGAACAAACCCAUAAGUGAAGAGGAGUCUAAUGAAUUUCUGAAGUUGAUGAAGCAUAGUGAGUAUAGUAUAGUAGAUCAGUUGAAGAAAACUCCUGCUAGAAUCUCUUUAAUGUCACUUAUCUUGAGUUCUGAGUUACACCGUAAAGCAUUGCAAAAGGUGUUGAAUGAAGCAUAUGUGCCACAGGAUAUUACUCAAGAUACAAUGGAGCAUUUGGUGGGAAGAAUUCAAGCCUCCAAUUACUUAUAUUUCACUGAAGAUGAGCUAGAACCGGAAGGGACUGGGCAUAACAAGCCCUUGUAUAUCACUGUGAAAUAUAAGGACUGUCUGAUCGGCAAAGUGCUUGUGGAUAAUGGUUCAGCUUUGAAUAUGCUACCAAGGUAUAUGCUGGAUGAGAUGCCAAUUGGUGCUACUCAUAUGAGGCCAAGUACUAUGACGGCUAGAGCAUAUGAUGUGAUGGAUAUCCAUCCUUCCUAUAGCAUGUUAUUAGGAAGGCCAUGGAUACACGCCUCUGGGGCUGUGACAUCAUCUCUACACCAAUGCCUGAAGUACAUCAUCAAUGGUACUUUAGUGAAAGUUAAGGCAGAAGAAACCUUGUCCAUGAUAAGGAAUGUGGCGGUCCCUUAUAUUGAAGCAGAAGAUUGCAAAGAUGGAGAUCUCCAUGCCUUCGAGAUUGUGAACACCGAAUGGGUACUGGAGAAUACUGUGUUAAGAAGACCAGCUAUUUCUAGUACUGCUAGAAUGAUAGCUAAAUGCUUUUUAAAACAUGGGCUACCAUUCCAGAAUGAUCUAAUUGCUGGAAAUCAUAAAAGAGUCAACAUGAUGAAAAUUAAGGUCGUUGAUCAGAGGUUUGGGCUUGGCUUCAAGCCUAAGAAAGAUGAUCAUAAAAGAGCUGCUAGGAUAAAGCGAGAGAGAAGGUUGGCCAGAAUAGAAGGAAGAAAGCCAGAGGAAGAAGACAUUGCAAUCCCACCUAUCCAUGUUUCUUUUCCAAAGUCAGCAUAUGUGAUGAAACCUGAAAACAUGAUGGAAGUCUUGGGACAGAAACUUGCUGUCAUGGAUAUCAACAAUGUAGAAGAAGGUGAAGAGAAAGGCUGGAACUGUGAUGAUGAGCCAAUAACAAUAAAAGAAGAUGAAUUGUUACCACAGUUAACUAUCCAUGCUCUAGAAGAAGCUCCAACCAACGCCUUUGUGCGAAAGCUUUCAGUUGAAGAAGUAUUCCAGAAUUGGGAGAUUGAAGAAGCCCCAAUUUCGGAGCAUGCUUGGAAACCUGCGAAGGAAGAACUAGAGGUGAUAAAUGUAGGCACCGAGCAAGAUAAAAGAGAGUUAAAGAUUGGAACUCUGAUCACUACAGAAGAAAGAUGCAGUUUAACUUCAUUACUACAAGAGUAUAUCGAUGUGUUUGCCUGGUCUUAUACAGAUAUGCCUGGUUUAGACAUUGAUAUUGUAGUACACAGAUUACCUUUGAUAGAAGGAUGUAAACCUGUUAAGCAGAAAUUAAGAAGAACUCGCCCAGAUAUUGUGCUCAAAGUCAAGGCAGAGAUAGAGAAGCAGUGGGAUGCCGGUUUUCUAGAAGUUAUUAAAUACCCUCAAUGGGUAUCUAAUAUAGUGGUGGUACCAAAAAAAGAUAACAAAAUCAGAGUAUGUGUAGAUUUCAGGGAUCUAAACAAAGCCAGUCCAAAGGAUGAUUUUCCUUUGCCUCACAUAGAUGUCCUGGUAGACAAUGCUGCUAGGAGUUCAACUUACUCCUUCAUGGAUGGAUUUUCCGGUUAUAACCAGAUUAAAAUGGCUGAAGAAGAUAAAGAGAAGACCACUUUUGUCACACCAUGGGGAACAUUCUGCUACAAAGUGAUGCCAUUCGGGUUGAAGAAUGCUAGAGCCACGUAUCAAAGGGCAAUGGUGACACUUUUCCAUGAUAUGAUGCAUAAAGAGAUUGAAGUGUAUGUGGAUGAUAUGAUUGCCAAGUCUAAGAAUGAAGAAGAUCAUGUUCAGGUUCUAAGAAAAUUAUUUGAAAGACUAAGAAAGUAUCAGUUGAAGCUGAAUCCUUCAAAAUGCUCGUUUGGGGUAAAGUCUGGAAAGUUGCUAGGAUUUGUGAUAAGCAAUAAAGGAAUAGAGGUCAAUCCUGAUAAAGUGAAAGCAAUUCAGGCUAUGACGGUUCCUAAAACCGAGAAAGAAGUAAGAGGUUUCUUAGGACGUUUGAAUUACAUUGCUCGAUUCAUAUCUCAGUUAACAACAACAUGUGAGCCAAUUUUUCGAUUACUUCGGAAAAAGAACCCUGGUAUAUGGGACAAAGAUUGUUAAAAGGCUUUUGAUAAAAUAAAGCAAUACUUACAGAAUCCACCUUUACUCGUGCCCCCUAUGCCUGGAAGACCUUUGAUCUUGUAUUUGACAGUAACUGAGGUAGCAAUGGGCUGUGUGUUGGGACAACAUGAUGAGUCUGGAAGAAAGGAGCAAGCUAUCUAUUAUCUGAGUAAGAAGUUUACAGAUUGUGAAUCCAGAUAUACUGUGACUGAGAAGCUAUGUUGUGCUCUUGUAUGGAGUAUGAAGUGUCUUCGACAAUAUAUGUUGUAUUAUACCACCUGGUUGAUCUCAAAAAUGGAUCCUCUUAAAUACAUCUUUGAGAAACCCUACUUGUCAAGCCGAAUAGCAAGAUGGCAAGUGAUGUUGGCUGAGUAUGACAUUGUAUACAAGACAAGAAAAUCUGUAAAAGGAAGUGUAAUUGCUGAUCAUCUAGCAGAUAAUGCUAUCAAUGACUACGAGCCUUUGAAAUUUGACUUCCCGGAUGAGGAUGUGUUGAUAGUAGAAGAGGACAAAGAAAAGAAUGAUUGGUGGAUCAUGUAUUUUGAUGGGGCAGUGAAUGUUUCUGGUAAUGGAGCAGGCGCUGUGAUAAUCUCACCUGAUAAGAAGCAAUAUCCCGUCUUAGUCAAACUACAAUUUGAAUGCACUAACAAUACUGCUGAAUAUGAAGCUUGUAUCCUUGGAUUAGAAGCUGCUUUAGAGAUGAAAAUAAAGAAGCUUGAUGUCUAUGGGGAUUCAAUGUUAAUAAUCUGUCAAGUGAAAGGCGAAUGGCAGACCAAGGAAGAAAAAUUGAUACCAUAUCAACAAUAUCUCUCGAAACUGACUGAGGGCUUUGAUGAGAUAGAUUUUACCCACAUGGGAAGAGACAAAAACCAGUUUGCUGAUGCUUUGGCAACCUUAGCUUCUAUGGCCAAAACUGAUUACGGAGUAAGGGUACAACCAAUCUGCAUUGAGAUUAGAAAUUUUCCAGCUCAUUGUUGUUCAAUUGAAGGAGAAAUAGAUGGGAACCCAUGGUUUUAUGACAUCAAGCAGUUUAUCCAAUAUCAAGAGUAUCCCUUGGGGGCAUCCAAAGCAGAUAUGAAGACCUUGAGAAGGUUGGCUCUGGAAUUUUACCUGGAUGGAGAAAUUCUAUACAAAAGGUCAUUCAAUGGGACUUUAUUGAGAUGUCUAGAUGAAAUCGAAGCUAAGGUAGCAUUGCAAGAAAUUCAUGAAGGAAUUUGUGCAACUCAUACAAGUGGGCAUAUGAUGGCUAAACAAUUACAACGAUCUGGGUAUUUCUGGAUGACCAUGGAGAAAGAUUGCAUCGAUUAUGUCAGGAAAUGUCAUAAAUGUCAAGUGUAUAGUGAUAAGAUAAAUGCACCUCCAGCUCCUCUAUUUAAUAUGACAUCACCAUGGCCAUUUGCAAUGUGGGGAAUAGAUGUGAUUGGGCCAAUCAACCCAAAGGCCAGUAAUAAGCAUCAAUUUAUCUUAGUAGCCAUUGAUUACUUCACAAAGUGGGUGGAGGCCAGCUCUUAUGCCCAUGUAACUCAAAAGGUGGUCAAGAGUUUUAUUGAGAAAGAUUUGAUCUGUCGGUAUGGUUCACCUGAGAAGAUAGUGACCGACAAUGCCCAGAAUUUUAAUGGAAAAAUGAUCACAGAAUUGUGUAUGAAGUGGAAAAUUAAACAUUCAAACUCAUCUCCCUACAGACCAAAGAUGAAUGGUGCUGUCGAAGCUGCAAACAAGAAUAUCAAGAAGAUUAUCCAGAAGAUGGUAGUCACUUACAAGGAUUGGCACGAGAUGCUUCCUUUUGCUCUACAUGCAUAUCGCAUAGCAGUAAGAACAUCUACUGGAGCUACACCUUAUUCACUAGUAUUUGGGAUGGAGGCGGUGAUGCCUUUGGAAGUAGAAAUUCCAUCUUUGAGAGUACUAAUAGAAUCUGAACUAGAAGAAGCUGAAUGGGCUAAAGUGAGAUAUGAGCAGCUAAACAUGAUAAGUGAGAAGAGGUUGGCUGCAAUUUGUCAUCACCAGCUAUACCAAAGAAGGAUGGCUAAAGCAUAUGACCGGAAAGUCCGACCAAGAGAAUUCAAAGAAGGGGAUCUUGUACUCAAAAAAAUUUUACCACUACCAAGUGAAGACCGAAGCAAGUGGGCACCAAACUAUGAAGGCCUAUAUGUAGUGAAGAAAGCAUUCUCCGGAGGGGCUAUGUUGUUAACUAGGAUGGAUGGAGAUGAUUUACCUAGGCCCGUGAACUCUGAUUCUGUGAAAAAG